CCAGCGUGGCGCUGCCGCUUUAAGAGCCAGUCCUUCCAGCAGUGGCGGAGAGCAGACUGCAGUAGCAGCUCAUCCACAUCCUCUGUGGCCGUUCACUCACCUGACAGCGCAGCAGCGUGGCAGACCGAGUCGGACCCGCAGCGGCACACACCGCGUCCUGGAGGAGGAAUGGGGGGCACCGAGCCCGCCUGCUAGCCACAAUCAGAGUUCCUAGACACGGAGAAAGCUCACGACUCGGCUAUCCAGCAGCAUGGUGUCCUGGAUUAUUUCGAGGAUAGUGGUCCUCGCCUUUGGGACUCUGUACCCAGCAUACUCCUCCUACAAGGCUGUCAAAACGAAGAACGUGAAGGAAUAUGUAAAAUGGAUGAUGUACUGGAUAGUAUUCGCCCUGUUCAGCACAGCAGAGACGGUCACAGACUUGCUCCUGUCAUGGUUUCCAUUUUACUUCGAGCUAAAGAUAGCCUUCGUGAUCUGGCUCUUGUCGCCCUACACCAAGGGCUCCAGCGUUCUCUACCGCAAGUUUGUCCACCCGACCCUCUCCAACAAAGAAAAGGAGAUUGACGAAUACAUCGCACAGGCCAAAGACAGGAGUUAUGAGACCAUGAUGAAGUUCGGAAAACGGGGUCUCAACCUCGCCGCUAAUGCAGCCGUCACCGCAGCCACCAAGGGCCAGGGUGUGCUUUCUGACAAGCUGCGCAGCUUCAGCAUGCAGGACCUGACCCUGAUCAACACGGAAGACGAGCUGGACCUGCACACAGCCGAGGUCCGGACGAGACGAGAGCACAUGGACGAGAUGAGCUCGGGGUGCAGCACGCUGCCGCGGGCGCGCAGCUCCUCUGCCCGCCACACCCGCUCGUCAGCACCUGUUGCCGAUGAUGCGUCGUCCCAACACGGCUCUGACCAAUCAGACACGAGGACCGAACACUCGGAUGAUGAUCUGGGAGACAGGGGUCCCAAACGGAGCGCCAGCGUCGCCAAGACAACCAAAAAGGUAGCGGCUGUGAAGACAGAGCCUCAAACCAAGACAGUGAAAAAGGUCACAAAGAAAAAGACCACCACUAAUAACGCAGAGACGCCUCCCUGAGUCCUGCUGUCCUCACCCACUGGAUCCCUCAUCCGCCUCCACCCACAGCCUGCCGUCCCUCCUGCUGGGUCUCCUCAAACACAUUGGCUUUGUACAUUAAGCACUGAAACUGUCACUGCUGCUGGUUUCUAGAGCAAAGUGCGGAUGGCGCUUUUUUUUUUUUUCCAAGUCACAAAGAAAGCUUCGGCUUAACUGUCCGGCUGCAUAUUCUGGGUCAAUGUUUAGGGGCAGUUAAGAUGCAAUUUAAGCUGUUUUCUUAGAUUGUUUUAAAGUUAGUCAUCUGCUCAGAAGUACUCCUGCAGACCGAGGUCUAAUUUGUGUUCCCAGUUUAGGCUGUGUGUUCUCCUUUAGAUUUAGGCUGUUUUUAUUUAUAGCAGUGCUGUUUAAAUAAACCAUCCUUUGCUUUAAGUUUCCUAAAGUUGGGUCGUCUCCUGGCUGUCGAUGCGGAGCGUUUGCAGGUGAAUUCUUCAGACACGGUUUGCACCUUCAUCCUGACUCAGCCACAGCACCACGAGUACUUGGUUAGCCAUGGAAAACGACACGAUGUCAGAGGAGUUUUCGGUGGAAACGGAACUAUUGAGACCAGCGGAAACGCUUUUGUCGGCAUCUUCUAGUUCCAGCUAAAAUACAGUUGGCUGCAAACCUGAGACUCUCAUCCCUGAAAUGGUUUGGACUGUUUUAUUCUAUGCUUUUUGCUUUGUCCCCUUAAAUACACAGUUUAAUUUGAGCCUGGCUCUGAUAUGUUCAGGUUCUCAUUUAAUUUUAAAGUGACUUUCAGGUCAGUGCAGGUGCUUACUUUGUUUAUUCAGACACCAUUCUUAGUAUUUCCCUCUAAUUUGAGUGUUUCUAGAAUGCGUCUCUAGCGAGUCGCCAUAACGUGACACAGCCGCUUCCACCACAGUGAUGGCUGGUUUUCACUGCUAAAGGGGAAACUCUGCACUUUCUCUUUAUGGUCGUACCUGGAUGUGUGAGGAGACACAUUUCUGCAACUUGCUGUCAAACCAGGACAAACAUCAGCUGGAUUUUCUGAUCCAGGUUUUGUAGUUGCAGAUGUGGAGGGAGAGUCAGACCUGAAGUAGCCCAACAAACUGCAUGGAUUCUUCUGGAUGCUGUACAUUUUUUUUGCUUACACUUGAUUUAACCAAUAGGGGGAGACAAACUCCACAUUAACUAUGGGGCACAUAAAUAACCCUGACUGUACAUACAUCAUGAGCUUGUUGCCUGGGUUCCCUUCACUUCCUUUCCUGGCCUUGACAAAUCAGACGUACUGAGAACAGAGGAAUCUCAGGCCUUAUCAGAACAGACUUUAGCUCAUUAAGAUGAUUCCUCUGCAACUAUUUUUUAAUUUUUUUUAAGGAAAUCAACUCUUCCAAUGAGUCUUUAAUACCAAUACUGAAGCUUGAAUAUGAUCAGCCUGAUUACAAAGUAUUCUAUGGCGAAGUCAAAAAUAAACUACAUUUUUGCUCUGAAGGGGUUACAUAAUUUAAGGACAUUUCAUUUUAUCGCUGCAUUUUUAUCUUGUAUCAUAUUUAUUGUUGAUUACUUUGUUUCUUAUUAGUGUGGCAUACAAAGAUGCUAAUUUGUAUAUUUUGUUUGUGCCAAAUCUUAGAGGCUUUGUGUGAAAUGGUCAGCAGAGUAUCUGCUGGGACAGUGCUUUCCAAAAAGGUUGCUCAUCUGUAAAGAAAUGGCAAUUAAUAAAAUAAAGGAAGUUAAAUCCAGCUCUCAGGGUUAAAGUGUGGUUGAAUGUGAAGUACAGUGUUGCUUAAAGGUGUGUUUCCAGGAAAGGGUGUAUUUUUUAUUUUAAUCUGUAGAAAAUUUAAACUAUAAAUUUACUAAGCUAGUGCAGAAUCA